UCAUUCCAUUUCCCUCAUCUCAGCUUUACUUCACCACCACGUGUGGAAGAAAAUACAAAAUAUUAUGAAUUAAUUUAAUUAAACUACUCUUUAAAUUAGUAAUUAUUUGAAAAUUACGAUUAAUCCAAAUCAGGAUGCCUCGUGGCAAAUCUAAUAACAAGAGUAAUAAGAAGACGAAGAAGGAGGAGGUCAACAAGAUGACCAAGUUGAUACCACCGGCGAGAGAACCGGAAGUUAUGGACGUUGACGAUACAGGUGGGGACGAAACAGGGGGUGCAGCAGAGGAGGAGGAGGAAGAAGAAACGCAAGAUUUUGGACCAGAAUUCAACCCCACCCACUUCCAAUUUUUAGUCGAGGAAAAGUCUGAGCAGUUUUUCGAAGGACAAUUUCAAAUUGGUAGACCCAUAAGAGCAGCACACAACUUUUUGGAAAAUCCACAUGGGGCUGUCAAACUAUUCCAAGGAGAUACGUGUGCCCUGUGUGCUGUGUAUGGGCCAACGGAGAUAAGAAUGUCGAAAGAACUUCCACAUCGGGCAGCGGUUGACGUCCUGUUUCGCCCAAAAAUUACUGGAACUUCGAAACAAAGUCAGAUGACGGGAUGGGACUCGACAUUGGAAGAGAGAGCAAUUGAAGCAAAGUUGGUGGGGAUUUUAGAAUCUGUUCUUUAUCUGGAGGAUGACAUGGGGGCUGGAUUUAAUAUUAUUCUGCACGAGUUUGAAAAUGAUGGAUGUUUGUUCUCUACAUGCAUUAACGCUUCUGCACUGGCAUUGCUAAAUGCUGGUUGUUCCAUGAGAUGCUGCUUUGCUGGAGUAACCAUUCUUGUAAAUGAGACCAACAAUACAUUGAUAGUUGAUCCUUCCCAGUCUCAAAUUGAUUCUGGAUUUGACGCCAUGAUCACAUUUGUACUAUCCAACGAUGGUCAUGUACUGUUUUCAAGUAUUCAGGGCAGAACUAAGACCAACAUGAUUCGACUAUGUUUACGCCAAGCUAGUGAAGCAUGCAAGGAAAUUUUCGUCUUUCAGAAGCAACUGCAACUACAAGAAUGCUCCGAUUUUAUCAAUGGUCACAGUGCUGUGAAACCAGUGAAUGCCAGAGGUUUAAAGGAUGAAGAUAUUAAAGUUAAAUUGGAAGAUAUGAAAAUUGAUGAGGACGAGGAAAAUUAUGAGGACUUGGAUGAUGGAGAAGUUUCCAGCAGCGAUUCUUAGCGUACAAAUAAAGAUUUGAAUAUUUAAUGUAAUAUUUUUUAAUUAAAUAUUUACUAGUUAUCAUGUUCGGAAUACUGAAUGAACACUGAAUACACAGUAAUACAAA